GUGCUUGGCAAAAGUGAUAAACAGAAUUCAUUCAAGACUUCAGAACAUAAGCUUCUAUUACUGCAGUCCAGUGGAUUUCAUGGGGACCAACAGAUUCAAGUGAACUACUGUACAAAUAAAAAUAUCUUUAGCAUACAAAGAGUGAGCAAACUAAUUGUAAGCAUUGAAACACACCAUUUGUACAGCCAUUACAGGCUCAAAUUCAAAGUGUGGCACUGGAUCACCUCCGUAAGACCAGGAAGAGGAGUUUAAGGAGGAGUACCAACAGGAGUCUCAAGCAGAGAAUCCGGGUGGCCAUGAGAACAGCCAGGCGGGCUAGCACCAUGGAGGUGCCCUCUUUCUUGAGGCAGCUGGUGAGGGAAACUGAGAAGAUGGUUACGUUUUUCUUUAAGGGUGGGCGAAGGCACCCAGGAACCGAUGAUGAUGACUUUAACAAUGAAGAGGACAUUCCCAGCCCCUACCUACAGAGGCCAGUUUUGGAGAAGGACACAGCAGAGGGGGUCUCAAAAUGGGGCAUUAACUAUGCCAUGGCCAGUAUGCAGGGCUGGCGUGCCCAGAUGGAGGACGCCCACACCUGCAUGCCAGAGAUGGCUGAUGGGUUUCCAGACUGGAGCUAUUUUGCGGUGUAUGAUGGACAUGCAGGGAGGAUGGUGGCUCAGUAUUGCUCCAGAAACCUGCUGGAUUUUAUUCUUGACACAGGUGGUGUAACUGUGGAUGAGGAUGUAGAACAGGUCAAAGAAGGCAUCAGAGAUGGCUUCCUUGGCAUUGACCGCCACAUGCACACCCUAUCCCGCAAUGAGAGCUGGGACCACAGUGGUUCAACGACAACUGCUGUUAUGAUCUCUCCACGGAACAUCUAUUUCAUCAACUGCGGCGAUUCACGGACCUUCCUCUGCCGGAAUGGCCAGGUGGUCUUCUACACGGAGGACCACAAACCCUUCAACCCACGCGAGAAAGAGCGUAUCCAGAAUGCUGGCGGAUCCGUCACCCUGCAGCGCAUUAAUGGCUCUCUGGCCGUGUCGCGGGCUCUUGGUGACUUCGACUUUAAGGAAGUGGAAUGGAGGGCUCAGACCGAACAGUUGGUGUCACCUGAACCAGAGGUAUAUGAGCUGGAGCGGACUCCAGAAGAUGAGUUCUUGGUAGUGGCGUGUGAUGGUGUCUGGGAUGCCAUCAGUAAUGAGGAGCUGUGUGCAUUUGUGCGCAACCGCCUUCAGGUCUGUGAUGAUCUGAGGGACAUCUGUGCACAGGUCAUUGAUCUCUGCCUAUACAAGGGAAGUUUAGACAACAUCAGUAUCAUCAUCAUCUGCUUUGAUGGCGCCCCCAAGGUUACACCAGAGGCACUGCAACAUGAGGCAGAGCUGGAGCAAAUCAUUGAGCAAAAAGUGGAAGAGAUCAUUCACAUAAUCAGAGCUAAAGAUCAGGAACUUGACCUGCUCUACGUGAUGAAAUUCCUGGCAUCUGAGAGCAUUCCAGGCCUUCCACCAGGGGGAGGCAUUUCAUGCAAGAGAGAUUGCAUAAUUGCCGCAUACCAAAAAUACGCAGCAGCCUUUAGAUCUCUUGAGCCGAUGGAUAUUGGCGGCUUUGAAGAUUCCAACUAGUGGCGGUUUCCCUGGAAAUGGAAUCAAGCCUUGCAUCUCUGUAGGCAUAAUAAUCAGUGAGAGGAGGACAUUCCUGUGCCACCUGGUUUACAGAUGUCAAUCUGUUUAUCCAAACUGUUCCUUUUUUAAAUCAGUGUUGUUUAUUGUAAACAGGAACAGGAUGUAGAGGUGAAAUGAUCAAAGACUUUCAUGUAGGCAAAGCAUUCUACAUUGGCACUGUUAAAGGUGCACUCAAUAAUAUUUUCCUCAAAAAAGUUGGACCCCUUAAAGGUGCACUCAGUCAUUUUUGAAGUAUGUUGAAGUGAUUUACAUUGGCUUACAGUGACACCUAGUGCCUGGAAGCUGCAUCAUUAAAAUACAGUAGUUUUCAGUUACCAAUGCCAUUGUAGAAAUUCACUAUGUACAGUAAGCCAGUAUUAGUUUAGUCCAUGAAUGAAAGUAUCCAAUAGCAGGGCAGUUACUGAGAUUAAGCCACUAGUAUUCAGAUGAUCAUGUGAUCCUUACAUGGCUGCCCCCAUGAUGUGCCCCUGCCCCAUGUAGAAUAAAAGAUCUUUUAUAAGGUUGCUGAUAUGACUGAACUCUUCAUCUCACAUGAAUGGUCAUGAUUCCAUAUAUACAGCUCUGGAAAAAAUUAAGAGACCACUGUAAAAUUAUCAGUUUCUCUGGAUUUACCAUUUAUAGUAUGUGUUUGAGUAAAAUGAACAUUUUUGUUUUAUUCUAUAAAGUACUGACAACAUUUCUCUCAAAUUCCAAAAUAAAAAUAUCGUCAUUUAGAGCAUUUAUUUGCAGAAAAUGACAACUGGUCAAAAUAACAAAAAAGAUGCAGUAUUUUCAGACAUCGAAUAAUAGAAAGAAAAAAGUUCAUAUUCAUUUUUAAACAACACAGUACUAAUGUUUUAACUUAUGAAGAGUUCAGAAAUCAAUAUUUGGUGGAAUAACCCUGAUUUCCAAUCACAGCUUUCAUGUGUCUUGACAUGCUCUCUACCAGUCUUUCACAUUGCUGUUGGGUGUCUUUAUGCCACUCCUGGUGCAAAAAUUCAAGCAGCUCGGCUUUGUUUGAUGGCUUGUGGCCAUCCAUCUUCCUCUUGAUCACAUUCCAGAGGUUUUCAAUGGGGUUCAGGUCUGGAGAUUGGGCUGGCCAUGACAGGGUCUUGAUCUGGUGGUCCUCCAUCCACACUUUGAUUGACCUGGCUGUGUGACAUGGAGCAUUGUCCUGCAGGAAAGACCAAUCCUCAGAGUUGGGGAACAUUGUCAGAGCAGAAUGAAGCUAGUUUUCUUCCAGGAUAACCUUGUAUGUGGCUUGAUUCAAGGUGUGGGUGGAUAUUUUAAUUUGGAAUUUGGGAGAAAUGUUGUCAGUACUUUAUAGAAUAAAACGAUAUUUUCAUUUUACUCAAACACAUACCCAUAAAUAGUAAAUCCAGAGAAACUUUGCAGUUUUGUAAUUUUGCAGUGGUCUCUUAAUUUUUUCCAGAGCUAUAUGUUUCCAUAUUACUAUUCAUUUCUUUAGAAGUAAAACUUUUUAAAUGAGGAAAAUAAUUACUGAGUGCACCUCUUUGAAAUGUGUAUAAAAUCAUGAGCGGUGGUGGUGUAGUGUACUAAAGCACUGAACUGGUAAGUGGAAGGUUGUUGGUUCAAUCCCCCCAGCCACCACCAUUGUGUCCUUGAGCAUGGCACUUAACUCCAGGUUGCUCCAGGAAGAUUGUCCCGGUAAUCAGGGCACUGUAAGUCACUUUGGAUAAAAGCAUCUGCCAAAUGUAGAUGAAUAGUCCAAUUAUAUAAUUAACCUUAUAAAAGUUGUUUUAUUCUACAUGUAGAGGGUCCCCUCAUGUGGGCUGCCAUUAUGUCAUGUUAUGGUCACAUUACCAGCCAAUACAACUCACUUAAUCUCAGUAACCACCCUAUUAUUGAACAUUUUCACUUAUGAUUAAAUGAAUCAUGGCUUACUGUGAAUAGUGAAUUUCUACAAAUGAUGCUGCAUCCACGCCAGUAGGUGUCAGUAAGUCCAAGACGACAUGCAUAAAACAAAUACUGAGUGCACCUUUAAAGAUACUGUACUUCUUAUGGAACGCUUUUAAUUUAUUUACUUUACAAACUAAAACUUUUGAAAAUUCGUAUACAAUUAAUCCUUUUACGUAGUAUUGUGCUUCUGGAUUGUUUCACAGUUAACGGGGUUAAAAAUGGUUUCGCAUCGUUCGACAAGAUUUUUAGUAUUUGCACAGAUGUAUUUGCUAAAGAUGAGCUAUUUAAAUGUAAAAAAAGAGUAAUUAUACAUUACUUGUCUUUGCUGAUGGAUGUUUAGUUCUCUGUCUUACAUCUGUAACUAUAGAUGCCUUUCCCUCCUCUUUUACAACCUGUUUUUGUUGC